AUGGCAAACACCACCACCACCACAUCAUAUCAUUUAACUCCUCCUCCAACACGAAAUAAUGAAUUAAGCGCAGCAUCUAAUAGUAAUAAUAGUCCACUAUCACAAAGAAGUCCACCUUCGCCUCGUACUCAAUCAAAAUCUAUACUAACUAUUGCUCUACAAAAGGCUCAAUCUGCUGUAGAGUUUGAUGCUGCAAAUGAUUUCACUGCCGCAUUAGAGGCUUAUAGAGAGACAGUUGAACUUCUUUCGCAGGUUGUAGAUAAAGCUGUAAAUGACGUUGAACGGCGAAGGUUGCAAUUAAUUGAGUUAGGGCACAGUACAUAUGUUGAUCGAAUACGAUUACUAUCCGCGAUAUCACCGGAUUCAUCUAUGGAUGGUACUGAUGGCAUUGAGUCAGAUAAUAAACAAAAUGAAAAUUCUACAGAUUUAAUCAAAGAAUCUGAUGGAUUGACAGAAUCUGAUGAUCAAAAAACUGAAACUUCAUCGAUAAAAAACGCCGGACCUACACGUGUUUUCAUACCACCACCACCACCAAAUAUCGCACCUCCAACUACUUCAGUAAAUUCCAGUCCACGAUCUUUUUCAACAAAUUUAAUUUCUGACGACGAAGAUGACAAAGAAUCAAUUAGAUCUAUACCUCAAAAUACUACUAAUGUCGCCAACAAUAUCACAAAUACUGCCACUGCUUCUAAUAUUUCAUCAUCGUCACCAUAUUUUGUAGAAAAUUUCCAUAAAAAUAAUAAAAAAUCAUUUGCUAAAAGUCGACGACCAGCUCCUCUUUCAUCAAUUCAGUACAAUUCUCCCACUGCUGUUACUACACCUGUCACUUCUACUGUUAAUUAUAACACCUAUGUUCCCCCAAGAAGAACUGCUUCAAAUCCUGGUAAUGGUCUACGAAAAAAUAAUUCAUUACGCUUCUUCAAUAAUUAUUCACAGUCUUUGCCAUCACAAAGUUUCACUCAAUAUCUGUCACAAAUACCAGGAACCCCAACCACACCAUGGACGAGUAAUAGCUUACCAUCGCCUUUGAGUAGCCCAAGAUCCAGUGUUACACCUACAGGAACUUUUAAGAAUGAUAUAACGUCUAAAAAUAUGGAUCUAGGAUAUGCAUCGUGCUUAUUAAAUCCUUUAUAUAAUCCAUUAUUUUACGAAAAAGAAGAAGAAACUUCAAAUAUGGUAGAAUAUGGAUUGCCAGAAUCACCACCAAAUGAUAUACAUUUAAAACCUUUUUGGUUGAUGAGAUUAUUGGAACGAACCAUGACCACUGGUGGAUAUUUAACACCAAAAUUAUAUAUUCCAAGACAUUUAUGGUUACAAGGACAUGCAAAACUUAAUGCAUUGGAAACUAAAAUUUCUAGUUGUGAUGUUGUUUUAAAUUGUUUGCUAAGAUUGACAAAAUCUUCGAUUAACGAUAUGGAUACUUUAGCAAAGGAAUUAGAAGGUAUUGACCUUAUACUUGAUGGAUUACAAAACUCGCUGGCACGUAAAAUAAGUUAUAUAGAGUCUACAACUGGUAAAGGUAAACAGAGUGCCAGUUCACUGAUGAGUUGGGGAUCCAAAUUAUCACGUGGACUUGAUCGAAUGGGUAUGAGUAAUGCCAUGAUUCGUAGUGAAGAAGCUAACGGAUAUGUUGAUGUGCUAUUAAAAUUAUUUCAAAAUGUUGAUAUAGUAGGUCAGUGA